AAAAAUUCACGCUUUCUCGUCCUCACUAGUAAGCUCUGCUCUCAUCUCUUUCUCUCUCUUCUUCCAUCGCCGCCGGUGGUCACGCCGCCGUCGCCGCCGACGAAAUGCGUUUCUUCCUUCUCUUCCUCCUCUUCCUCAUCAUCAUCCAUAUUGCUUCUUCCGCCGCUCGAAUGCCUGAAUAUCAGGCGCUUCUCUCUCUCAAAUCUUCAAUCACCGACGACCCCCAGUCGGAGCUUUCAUCAUGGAACGUCUCCACCAAUCACUGCACUUGGUCCGGCGUUACCUGCGAUUCAACCCGUCAUGUCACUUCCCUCGACAUCUCCGGCCGUAAUCUCUCCGGUACUCUCUCUCCAAAUGUCGGACACCUCCGUUUCCUCAUUAAUCUCACCCUUGCCGCCAACCAGUUUAUCGGACCUAUUCCUCAAGAGAUCUCUUCUAUUUCCACUCUCCAGUUUAUGAAUUUUUCAAAUAAUCUCUUCAAUGAGUCCUUCCCGAAGGAGCUAUUUCGUCUUCGAAAUCUUCAAGUGCUUGAUUUGUAUAAUAAUAACUUAACCGGAGUACUUUCUUCCGGAUUCUAUCAGAUGUCUACUCUACGUCAUCUUCAUCUCGGUGGGAAUUUUUUUUCCGGUGUUAUACCGCCGGAGUUCGGUAUGUUUCCUUCUCUUGAAUAUCUCGCCAUUUCGGGAAACAGUCUCGUCGGCGUUAUUCCGCCGGAAAUCGGAAACAUAUCUACACUCCAGCAUCUCUAUAUCGGCUACUACAACAGUUAUACUAACGGAAUACCUCCUGAGAUCGGAAAUCUUUCUAGACUCGUUCGAUUUGAUGCGGCUAGCUGUGGACUCACCGGCGAGAUUCCUCCGGAGAUUGCGAAACUACAGAACCUGGAUACUUUGUUCUUGCAGGUGAAUACACUCGCGGGUCCUUUAACGCCGGAACUUGGAAGCUUGAUGAGCUUGAAAUCGAUGGAUCUGUCGAAUAACUUGUUCACCGGUGAAAUACCGGGUUCAUUUGAGAAUCUGAAGAACCUCACGCUACUAAAUCUUUUCAGAAACCAGCUGCAUGGUUCGAUACCGGAUUUUAUCGGAGAUUUGCCUUCUUUGGAGGUGCUGCAGCUGUGGGAAAACAAUUUCACUGGAAGCAUUCCUUCUGGUCUGGGAACAAAUGGAAAGCUUCAAAGUGUUGAUCUUUCGUCGAACAAAUUGACGGGUACCUUGCCGCCGGAUCUGUGUUCUGGAAAUACCCUCGAGGUUUUGAUAGCUCUGGGAAACUUCUUGCUUGGACCGAUCCCAGAAUCUCUGGGUAAAUGUGAGUCUCUUAAUCGAAUUCGGAUGGGAGAGAAUUAUCUCAAUGGUUCCAUACCCAUGGGUCUUCUCACCUUGCCGCAGCUCACACAAGUUGAACUUCAGGAUAAUCUAUUGUCUGGGUCAUUUCCUAAAACAAUUGGUAUGUCCGAAACUUUAGGUCAAAUUAGUCUCUCAAACAACCAACUUACAGGUCCAUUGCCUCCAACCAUUGGGGAUUUCUCCGGCAUCCAGAAGCUCCUUCUUGAUGGCAACCAGUUCUCUGGUCCUAUACCACCGGAAAUUGGAAGGCUGCAGAACCUGUCCAAGCUCGAUAUCAGUCUUAACAGCUUUUCCGGUUCAAUCCCACCUGAAAUCAGUCAAUGUAAACUCCUAACAUUCCUUGAUCUCAGCCGAAACCAGCUAGUUGGUAACAUCCCACCGGAGAUUACAAACAUGCAUAUCCUAAACUACUUAAAUUUAUCGAAAAAUCACUUUGUUGGAACCAUUCCUUCUUCUAUAUCUUCCAUGCAAAGCCUAACAUCUAUUGAUUUUUCAUAUAACAAUCUAUCUGGGUUAGUCCCUGGCACAGGCCAGUUUAGUUACUUCAACUAUACUUCCUUCCAAGGAAACCCAGGUCUCUGCGGUCCAUAUUUAGGGCCUUGCAAAGACGGGAAUUCCAAUCACUCUCACCCUGCUCAUGCAAAGGGGCUCUCAGCUUCUCUUAAGCUUCUUCUCGUUAUUGGCCUACUUCUCUGCUCUAUUGCUUUCGCAAUAGCUGCCAUUAUCAAAGCAAGGUCUUUGAAAAGGGCGAGCGAGGCCAGAGCAUGGAAACUAACAGCUUUCCAACGACUGGACUUCACUUGCGACGAUGUAUUGGAUUGUUUGAAAGAAGACAACAUAAUAGGGAAAGGAGGUGCUGGGAUUGUAUACAAGGGUGUAAUGCCAAACGGGGAUCUGGUUGCUGUGAAAAGGCUACCUGUUAUGAGCCGUGGAUCUUCCCAUGACCACGGUUUCAACGCCGAGAUACAGACUUUAGGGAGGAUUCGCCAUCGCCAUAUCGUUAGGCUAUUGGGUUUUUGUUCUAACCAUGAGACUAAUCUAUUGGUUUAUGAAUACAUGCCUAAUGGUAGUUUGGGUGAAGUUCUUCAUGGUAAGAAAGGAGGACAUUUGCAUUGGGUUACAAGGUAUAAGAUCUCAUUGGAGGCUGCUAAGGGCCUUUGCUAUCUCCACCACGACUGCUCCCCACUCAUUCUUCACAGAGACGUUAAGUCGAAUAACAUUCUCCUCGACUCCAAUUUUGAGGCUCACGUUGCUGAUUUUGGACUCGCCAAGUUCUUGCAAGAUUCUGGAACUUCGGAAUGCAUGUCUGCCAUAGCCGGCUCUUAUGGUUACAUUGCUCCAGAAUACGCUUACACACUAAAGGUGGACGAGAAGAGCGAUGUGUACAGUUUCGGUGUUGUUCUGUUAGAACUCGUGAGCGGUAAAAAGCCAGUGGGAGAAUUUGGGGACGGAGUUGACAUUGUCCAAUGGGUGAAGAAAAUGACAGGAGGACAGAAAGAAGAAGUUGUAAAAAUCCUCGAUCAAAGGCUCCAUACGGUUCCUCUACACGAAGUGAUGCAUGUUUUCUAUGUGGCUAUGUUGUGUGUAGAAGAGCAAGCAGUUGAAAGACCAACCAUGAGGGAAGUGGUUCAGAUUCUAACCGAAAUUCCAAAACCGGCGAAUGCUAAAGAGGAAGGAGGAGAGGAGUCCCAACCGCCGCCACCAAUAUCAGAUGCUUUGGAGACUUUACAAUCAUCUACGUCGGAUCUUGAUCUUCUUAGCAUUUGAGAAAUAUUAGUCUUGGUUUGGUUUUGAGAUCGGUUCUAACCGAAACUCGGAAUUCAACAUUUUCUUUUAUUGGAUCGGUUGUUUUAUGUUUUUUCUUUGUAUGUUGUUUUGGAACUUUUAAUGUAAUUUCUGGUUUGUUGGAUCUUCUUGUUUGUCUCUUAAGGGUGUUCGAAGUUUUAUUUUGGGAUAUCUAUGUACAGUAGGAAGGGGUUAAUUGAGGUUGUUAUUUGUUGUU